CUAUAUAAGCGGCUUACGGGGCGUUCCCCCGCGUUGGUGUUGGCGUGCGGGUGUCUGGUGGGCUGUAGACUCUGACGGUCGGGUCGCCGCUGCUCACGCUCUCUCGCUCGCUCAGGAACGAUGGCGGAGGGAGAUAACCGAAGCACCAACCAGCUGGCUACAGAAAUUUCGACUCUGGAGGAGCAGCUGCAAGGAUGGGGAGAAGUGAUGCUGGUGGCUGAUAAAGUCCUUCGAUGGGAGAGAGCCUGCUUCCCACCGGCCAUCAUGGGUGUAGUCUCCCUGGUGUUUCUGAUUAUCUAUUAUCUAGAUCCAUCUGUGCUCUCUGGGGUUUCCUGUUUUGUUAUGUCUUUAUGCUUGGCUGACUACCUUGUUCCCAUUCUGGCACCCAAAAUUUUUGGCUCCAAUACAUGGACCACUGAACAACAGCAGAGAUUCCAUGAAAUUUGCAGCAAUCUAGUAAAAACCCGACGCAGAGCUACAGGCUGGUGGAGACGCCUCUUUACACUAAAGGAAGAGAAGCCUAAAGUGUACUUCCUGACCAUGAUCAUCUCUCUUGGUGUGGUGGCUUGGGUGGGACAGCAGGUCCACAACCUCCUCCUCACCUACCUGAUUGUGACUUCCUUGCUACUGCUUCCUGGACUGAAUCAACACGGAGUCAUCUCGAAGUACAUUGGGAUGGCCAAGAGGGAGAUAAACAAGCUUCUCAAGCAAAAGGAAAAGAAAAACGAGUAGUGCGCUGUGGCUCUCCAAGUCUGGCCAGCCCCAAACACUUUCUUCCACGCUAUCUGGAUUGUACAAUGUUACACAGUAGCGCCUUGCUCUCCUCCUCUCUGCCCUUAGUUCAUAGGAAUUCACACUUGCCCAGUCAGGCCUUGUGCAUAGUGUCUUUAAGUCGAGUGUAGCCGGGUGCGUUCUUGUCAGUUGGCCUUAAAUGGACAACUUGCUAGUGAGUGUGACCUUGAUUUUCCUCCCCCAGGAUUGGCAUUUUGCUUUAGAAUAGUAGAAUACAGUUAGUAGUGACUCAGGAUGCAGGUUGGUGUAUGGGCUAUCUACGUGGACCAUGGUGGUCCUUGGCUACAGGAAGCUACUUCCACAAUCUGCUCCCAUACUGCCUGGCUUCAUGAAUAUAGAGAACACAUUUACUACUUGUGAAAAGACCAAUCAACAGUCAUUCCUCAUCUGUCUCUCGAGCAUGGGAGAAAUGCCCAGGGAACAAAUGAAGUGCAUUCCGCACCUUCCUCCCGUGCCUGUCCAGCAUAGCCAUGAGUAGGAAACACUGGUGGUGUCCCUGUGAGGAUCCUUCCCAGGCCUAGAGCGCUUCUUCCCUGGCUCUGCCUCCAGUUGCUCAGGAUGGCAUACUUUUGAGAUUAAAGUUCAAUUUGUAGCAGGCCUGUCAUGGCAGAGUUGCAGCCGAGACUUAAGUCUGCUGUAGGUUAAGACACAUGUCUGUGACUUUUACUCCAAGACCAGCCAGUCAGGGCCCAAGUCUUCCUGUGUUUAGUUUAGACUCACUGCAGUAGACAAUAAAACAAUCUACAAAUCUUAAGACCACAAAAAGCCUUCAAAAGCAUCAGAGCUGUGUUCCAGCGGCCACAGGUUUGCAUUGGGGUAGCACUGGUGUCUUCCUUCUCCACAUCUGGGAAAACCCCCUUGGCCACUGCAGAGAGCAGACUUCGGUCUGUAUGGAUUUUGUGACUUGCAAAAAGCUCAGCAGCACUCUUUUCUUCUUAGCCCCUAGGACUUUAUAGAGUAGUUGAAAUUUGUAGAUGUGAACCGGAGAGCCAAACUGUGACAUAGCUGGAAACACUUGGUAGCCUGCUGAUUCUCAGUGACUAGUUCUGUGGACAAAUUGCACUGAUGCUUGCUGUUCACUCGCCCCUGCCGAAGGGCCACCUCCUCCCCUUCCACCUGCUGUAAAUUUGCCACCCAUACUGGCUUCUGUGCCGUGCCCUCUGUUUUUUUUUUUUUUUUUUUUAAUGUGUCCAUGAUAACUACCUUAAUUUUAUGUGUUUUCUUACUGUAAAUAAGCCUGUCUUCCUAUCUGGAUUUGCGUGUGAGUGUGUGUGUGUGUGAGAGAGAGAGUGAAUGAGUGGAUACAUAUUCUACCAAAUUAUCUACUUUGGCAGUUUUAAUCCUGCAUUUCUUCUAUUUUGUUUUGUGUACAAGGGGGAAAAUUAAAACAGCUGGAACAAUU